AUGAGCAAGCCAGGAGCUGGUGGUCCCGCCAGUGGUGGAAGCGGACCAACUACAGCUGCAAUAUUAGCUGCGGCACAGAAGCAAAAAACUCUUCUGCAGCGGGUUGACAAUGAUGUGUCUCAAAUUAUUGACAAUUUCAGUGCCUUACUGAGCAUCUCUAGGGUAAGUUGUUGGUAUUUUCGAAUCAUUAAUGUAUAUUUUAACAUACAUUAAUUGCUUUUAAUUUUAUUGCCUAUCAGGAUCUUUAAUUGCCUGGUAAUUUUAUUCUUGAUUCUGUGGGUUUUAUUUCCUUUUAAUUUUUAUCUGAGAACAUUUGUAAACUCAAAUUCUGUGAGAAGUAGUGGAUCAAUUGCUUUAUUAUUGGUGUUUUGAGUCACGUCAUUAACCUAUUAACAUUGGUCUUUUAGUGAAUGGUAUGUUACUAAGAUGCACAUUGAAUGGAGAGUAUGGGCUCGAGGAAGAAUUAAAUUUUCUCAUGAAAGUUGACGUGUCUUUCUGUUAUCUUUUGCAUGCUAGAAUAGUAGACUGGUGUUGGAUCUCUCUCUCUCUCUCUACACACACACACACACACACACACACACACACACACACACAUGGGGAGUAGACUAAGACUAAGAACAUGGAAUGAAGAUUGAUGCAACUUUCUGUGAUCAUUUGCGUAAUUAAUAGUGGUAGUGGCUUCGUGAUUGUGUUUGUAUGUGUGUACAUGUUUGCGUGAGGGUCUGAAAGAGCCAGCCGUGGGGUUCUUGACUCUUUUAAUGAGAAGGCAUCAUCUCUUGAAUGAGAGGAAGUAUUUGAUGGCAUCCUUGAUACAUCUUGUUUUCCUCCUAUGUUAAUAUGUAAACUCCGGUUUAUAAAAGAAAACAACAAAAGCAGAAAGUAUACUUUUGGGGUUUAGUGCGUACUUCAUUCAUUAUGAUUUCAUUGUGGAAUGGAUGGCCUUGAAGAGUCCAUCAUCUUGUUGUCAAAGUUUUUUUUCUCCACAAUUUGUGUACAAUGGGAAUAUCUGAUGAUUUCUCAUCUAAUCUCAUUCUAAAUCAAAAUUCAUGAUAAGGCAGUACAGACAAUUUCUCAAUAGUUGUAUUGAUGCUCUGUCAAGCAUUGGUGCAGAUUCUUGAGCUUUGAUGAAUGCUUUUUAUAUUGAGCAUGGGUAAUAGGUUCAAUAAUGGUAAUUUAAAUGAGGCUGUGAAGCAUGAGAAGCUUACCCCAUCUCUUUAAUUUUUUACCUGAUAUAAAUUACUAUCUGGUUGUGUCUUCUUAUGGAUGUUCUCUUGCUAUUGUAUAUUCCAGAUUUUUGCUUAUACUGUUCCUUGAUUGUGUUUGAGUCUAGUAAAUUAGUUUCCUUUAUGAUCCCAAUGGGAUUCCAUCUUCCCUGAUUUGUUUCUCCUCAAUCCAAUUAUUUCUGAGCGUAGUUCAUCUGGUUGAACAUUUUGUUUCAUAUUUUUGAUUAGAAGGCGUAAUUAUAAGACCGCGAAAGUAUUUAUUACACUAUGUGUGAAGCAAUAAUGUGUGAAUUGGUAGUCUUACAGUAGUUCAUUAUUUCCGCUAGGUGAAUGACCCACCUGUUAGGAACUCACAGGAAGCAUUUCAGAUGGAGAUGCGUGCUGCACGAAUGGUAAAUUCCAAUUCACGCACAGAUUGAAUAAUGUCCUUCUAAAUUUGUACAAUUGCCAUUUACUUUCGGUCCCCCUCACUGUUACUCCCUCUCAUAUUUUUCUGUUAAUGACCAAAAGGUGUGGCUGAUACCAGUUUCAUCCCUUCAAAUAGGUACAGGCAUCUGACUCGCUCUUAAAAUUAGUGUCUGAGCUGAAGCAGACAGCUAUCUUUUCAAAUUUCGCUUCACUGAAUGAGCAUGUGGAAAGCAGGAUUCUUGAAUUUGGCCAGCUAUCAGAGAAAACCAGCGGGCUGUUGGAGAAGAUCGGAGAACAGGCAGCUGCCAGCUUAAAGGAACUCGAGACUCAUUACUAUUCGUCAAUCACAAGGAUGAAUGGAACUGAAGAUAUUUAG